GUUAUUAGCUUUUCCACUUCUUUUUCUUAUUUCCUCAAGUAGUAGAUCCCCAAAGUACACCACACUUCCCAUAUAGCGGGGUUUCAUCUCCAGACUUUCAACCUUUUAAGCACUCUGUUCCUUUUUAUUCCGUCUUCCCUUUCUCCCUUUCUCCAAAUUACCCCAUACUCGGUCAGCUUACAUGAAUUCCUUUGACCCUCAAAAAUCUCAAAAACAACUCGUCCACCUUUAUCCACAAGAACGCAUUUCUUUUCCUCAACGACGGAGCAACAGUUUUCAAGAGAAUAGUUUUCUUCCACCAUCGCCUUUACAAGUUUCCCAUCGCUCAGUAUCUUACGAAAACACACCUGAUUCGACUUUAGAGUCGAUUGCUUUAGCUCAAGUAUCAAGCGAUCUUCAUGAGGUUAUACGCAGCUACCAAUCCAGGCCGGACCUGCUCAAGCUGAUAUUGCGAAGUAAAGUGGAGGAAGACAAACGGCGAACUGAAGAAGCUAAACUACGAACGAAAGAGAUUGAUUUACUGCUAUUACAAUACAAGCACAUGGGACUCGUGUCAGCCACUAACUCUCCCGCCGCGCAAAACACUCAAGUGGUGGAAUAUCAGAAUGGAAUCCCGCUUCCCUCGUUACCACGUUCAACCACUUCCACGUUUAACCACGUGCGAGGAAACAUUACUCGGUCUGAUGACCAACAUGAACCCCGUUUGGCAAACCAAUCCUACUGGGUUGAUGAUGAAUUCGAGAGAUCAUCUACCUCUACCUUGACUUCCUCGCUUCGUUCUUAUCAAAUGUCAUCACCUCCCUCAAGGAAGCAUCCUCUAUCUCCUCCGUUAUCGAGCUCAAACUCCAUUGAUGAGCGUCAGUCUAACGCUGAACACGAUAGUAUUGACAGCCACCGUACUCGUCGACGACGAGAGAUGCAGCCAAUAACUAACAUCAUUGAAACCACUGAGUUCCCGUAUCAAGAUGGCUACUGCUGGAAGAAUAACGGAACUAAUCGUAAAACCGGCAACAAGAGCAUUUAUUAUAAAUGUAGCAGUAGCAACAAUGGAUGCCCUGUGAACAAGACUGUCCUAGACCGAGGAAACGGAACGUUUGUAAUUAAAUAUCGCGGCGAACAUUUGCCAGAGUGUGCUAGUGUUCGUCAGAUAUUCGAUAACUAGCAAACGCAAAAUUUUCUCAAAACCCGGCUCCUACCCAUUACAUAACCUACUGAACUCAAUAUAAUCGCCUCUGCACUUCCUUAACCCAAUUGUCAUGAAACCUCACUACCCUUCUUCUCCCUGUGAAAUAACAAGUAUACCGAAGAAACGCUCAAUCCUCUCCUUUCUGCUUCCCUUUGCUGUUUCUUUCCUAACUUUUUAUUCUCUAUUUCGAUUUUGAAAAAAUGAAAAAAGCCCCUGUACAUCUCUUUCCUUUCUCAAUACUAUUCACCACCCAUAGUGUUUAAUUUAAUCACAUACUAUGAAAGCUUACAACAAGCUUGCUUGAUACCAAAAGCUUGUUCUCAGUACAUUAAAGUUAUCUAUGGUACUAAAUUCUAUCGUGGA